GGUUCAGUGCGGGUGUGGGGGAGGCACCGCGAGGAGCGGGGUUUUUUUUUUUUUUCCCUUCGCUUCCUCGCCGUUACUAACCGAGUAACGGCCGCCAAAGAGACAACCACCACGAUGUCUUCCCAGCCGCGCGUGAGGCGCAGCGGCUCCCCGACUCCAGCCGCCUCCGCGGGGGGAGGGGGAGCCGCGGCCGUGGCGGCGGCGGCGGCGACUACUACUACGGCGGCGGCGGCGGCAGGCGGCACCAACAGCCGCCUACAGCCCAUGCGGGCCACGGUGCCUUUCCAGCUCAAGCAGCACGGCAGCCCCACGAGGAGCGGCGGAGGCAGCGGAGGCAGCAGCAACAUUCCACGAGGGGCGGCGGCGGCGGCAAACGCCCCACUCCAACCGUCGCCGCCGCCGCCUCCUCCUCCUCCUCCUCCCUUGCCGUCCGCGCGCGCCGCCAGCCCCACGCGAUCGAUGCUGAGUAGCGGCGGCGGCGGCGGCAACAACGCGGGCGCGCGCGGGGCCAGCAGCGGCGGCAGCAACAGCAGCAGCAGCAGCAGCCCGACCGUGGGCACGCAGACGCUCCUCGGGGCGUGCGUCUCCGCCGCGGGGCCCCCUUCCUCGACCCCGUCCUCGGGCUCCGCGCGCGGCGGCAGCCCCACCGGCGUCGUCGGGUCGCGCAACAGCCCCCCUCGCCUGCCGCCGCCGCCGCCGCCGCCCUUGCCCGGUUCGACGCCCUCGCCUUCCUCGUCGCCGGUUUCGCCGCCGGUGCCUGAGGGGAGCGCCUGUGCCGCCAUCGCCUCCUCAGCCUCCUCCUCAACGGGAGGGAAAACCCGGCAUCGCCAGCGACGGCAUUCGCCGGAGCCGAACAGGGCCUCCCCGGAGAGGAAGAGCCCCAGUUCGCCUGUUUGUAAAGAUAAACCACGGCCACCAUCAUCAAGCCCUUCCAGUAUUUCCCGCCGUACCCCUUCACUAGACAUACUUGCUGCUCCAUAUCUUGCUGGGCAAUGGCCUCGUGAUAAUCAUGGGCAAGUCACACCUUGUAUGAGGGAUAAAGCCACACAGACUGAGAGUGCUUGGGCUGAAGAAUACUUGGAAAAGAAAAAGGGAUCUCAUAAGCGCUCAGCAUCUUGGGGCAGUACUGACCAACUCAAAGAGAUUGCCAAGUUACGCCAGCAACUGCAAAGAAGCAAACACAGCAGCAGACACCAUCGUGAUAAAGAAAGACAGUCUCCAUUCCAUGGUAAUCAUGCAGCUAUUAACCAGUGCCAGGCUCCAGUCCCAAAGAGCAUGCUGGUUCCUGUGAUACCAAUAGCUAAGUCAAGUGGAUCCCGUUUCCGUAAUAGCAUAGAAGGGCUGAAUCAGGAGAUUGAAAUAAUCAUAAAAGAGACUGGAGAGAAAGAGGAACAACUUAUUCCACAAGAUAUUCCCGAUGGGCAUCGAGCGCCACCUCCUUUAGUGCAGCGUAGCAGCAGUACUCGCAGCAUUGACACACAGACUCCGGGAGGAGCAGAGAAAGGCAGUAACAACAGCAGCCGAUCUCAGUCUAUUUCCCCAGGCUCCUUCCUUGCUAUCUCCAACGAGGGCAGCGAGGAGAGCCCUUGCUCUGCAGAUGACCUGCUUCUGGAUCCCAGAGAUAAAGAGAAUGGAAACAAUUCGCCUCUUCCCAAAUAUGCUACAUCACCAAAACCCAACAAUAGCUACAUGUUCAAACGUGAACCUCCUGAAGGCUGUGAGAAAGUCAAAGUGUUUGAGGAAAGCUUGCCAAAACCUUUGCAUGAAAUUCCAGCCUUUUAUUGCCCUGACAAGAAUAAAGUUAACUUUAUUCCUAAAAGUGGCUCUGCCUUCUGCCUCGUCAGCAUUCUCAAGCCCCUUCUUCCCACGCAAGAUCUUACUCUCAAAGGUGCUACUCAUAAUCUGACCGUCACGACUGGGAUGACGCCCGCGCUGCUGCAACCUCUCUCCAUGGCCUCCCUUUCAGCAAACACAGACCAAGAGCGCCUCUCUCGUGGAACCAGCAAAGUAAUAUCACAGAUGUCUGUGCUCCAGCAGUCAGGACAUAGUGAAGAAACUGAAGGAUAAGCUCGGCGUGGCUAGUGGGGAAGGAAGGGGGGUUAUGGAAACAACUGUGAUUCAACUUUCUAGAUGACAUCUCUUUGUAUCACAACAGCUGACAGUUCCAUAAACAGGUCAUAGUUACCUUACACACCAUGCCAUGAAUGUCAGCCUCCUGUGAGAUCUUGGAAAGAAGGAGCAGCAGAGAGCCAAACGCAUUUGUCUUGGGAUGGUUCAAGUGCAGACUCUGAGCCAUGCUGCUUUGGUACCAUAAAGAAGGGAGAUCUCCACAAUUCCUCACAACUGGAGGGACCAAUUUUUUUUUUCUGAUACUUUUGUGUUUCAGUGUAAACCUCGAGUUUGAACAAUGAAAAAGACAUCCCAACUUUUCUUAGCAGGAUAUCUGCUUUCAGGAGAAAAAAAAAA